AUGGCCGCUCAACGUCCAGAUCCCGCCGUAGUUCAACAGAACCUGUUGACUUUCUUCGAGGACAGCAGCCUUCAGCUUGGCCUGAUCUCCCAACUGGUGAAGACGUGGAGAGACAAGAUCGAUGGCAGGCUACUGUACUCCUGGUGUGCGAUGAUAUGUCGCAUCAAGAUCAUGCAACCCACCUUCGAAGACCGACUCCUCGUCUGUCCAGCUGGCGACAUUGACGCCGCCAUCUUGGUGAUGCUGCAUUACCCAGUCACGAAGACGAGUCGAUCACGCCACUACCAGAACACUCUCGACCUUCGGCAUAUCUGCAUACGCACCGUAAAUGGCAAGCUCAACCUCUCUGAGUGCCUUUUGAUGGACAUCGUGCCAUUCUGCAUACAACGCCGACCAACAGAGACGCGACCGUACAUUCGCAUUUUCCACGAGACACCGGCAAAUUUGGCUGAAUUUGACCGCUUUACGAGAGGACUGCUUGAGAUUAGCACUGCGAGAGUGGUGCUGACAUGCGGCACAGAGCCAUCGAAGAAGUUGCAACGAUAA